AUGCCGCCGGAUCAACGCCCACCUGCCUUCUCGCGCCCGCCCGAAUCUCCCCUAUCGUCGGCUCAUCACGACGAUCGCCGCCGCCAUUAUGACCACGAGCCCUAUCCGCCGAGCCAGGACCAUACACGACAGCUUCCUCCGUCGCCUGCGCACCAACAACACUUCUCUCCCUACGGUCCGCGGGACCCUUCCGUGAAGCGCGAUCCGGGUGAGGAGACGGCCCUUCCGCAGCUGCGCCGGCCACCCUCCACCGGCAACGGUAUCGAUAAUCUUCCACCACCGCUGCCCCAUGGCCAUCAUCCGAGUCACCAGCAUCCAGAUGAACCUCGACGACCCAUGAGUUUCGAUAGCGGACCGCCGAUGGCGCACUCGCCGGCGGUAUUGCGGCCCUCGCACAAUAGCUACCAUCCUCCCACGCCCGUCGCUCAGCAUCAUCAAUAUGACAGCCCCCAUAUGUACGGGCCUCCCACUCCCCAUGCCAUGUACCCUACCUUGGAGAUCCAAGCUGCUGCUAGCGCCAAACGGAAAGCGCAACGGGCCUCACAGGCUUGCAACAGUUGUAGACAACUCAAGGCGAAGUGCGACGAGACGAAGCCCUGCAAAAAUUGUCGGGAGAAGAACGUUGAAUGCAAAUAUCGGGACCCCCCCGCAAAGCAACCGGAUAAGGUGACUACCGACAUCUUCGAACUUCUCACAUCUCUGAGGGAGGAAGUGAGCAGCGGUUUCGCGACAAUGAGAAAGAUGGAAAGCAGCUUGGCAAGCAUGGAGACGUCACACAGGCAGAUGAACCAAGGGGCACCAAAUAUGGAAGCUGAAUCAAUCGAAGAGGACAAAGCGCCAGCAGAACAGGCGCUGUCUUCACCAGGGGGGACCGUCGUGGAACCAGACUUGACUCUCAACCAGGCGCACGAGACCUUGAGACAAAUCGACGAUGACGACUUGGAAGCUCAGCCAGGGAGACCAGUCACUCCUGGCAAGCCUGCCAUACCUCAAAACCACACGACCCUGGCUAGCCUGCUCUUGAAAUGGCCCGUUAUUGGGUCCAUGGUGCAACAUUUGCUGGAGGCCGAAAGAAUUGAGCACGUGGAGGAGUUUCCAAUAUGUCAGGAACAGGCCCGAGGGCAACUCAGAAUCUUCGGGAGAGGUGAGGGAUUCGAUCAAGACAGUGGUGUCUACCACAAAAUUACACCGCCAGACCACACAAUGACGGAUAUUGGAGACGACAUAUCGAACCCUUCGUUUCCUGCGCCAAAUUCCAAUGGCCAAGCCUGGGGUCAAGUGGGCGGCCUAACGCCAGCUCCCUCGGUCGACUAUACAAGGGGCGUUCUUAACGUGGAAGGAAACCCCGACUGGGACCCCUCCAAAGUCUGGAAGUACGUGCAGAGUUUCAAAGAUAACAUUCUCAACAUGCACCCCAUCUUCAUUCACAAGGAGCUUGAUGCCAUGGUCAGAGUCUUUCUUGGUGACAUACCGAAAUCAACGGAUGUGCGACCUGCCAAAGUCGGCUGGAUAGCCAGGUUUCUCACUCAGCCCACGAGUCCACCUUCGUCGUUUCCCGAGCCCAGCGCCAAAAGGAAGCGAUCACCGGUUGGAGAAGAGCAGUGCCCUGCCGCUUCUUUCCAUAAACCUGGACGUCCUUUCCGAACCAUACACAAUGCUCUUAUUCUGCUUGUUCUGGCUUUGGGUAAGAUAUGUCUCCAUAGAGACAAAAUUCCUGACCCAGUCUACGACUCGGACCUAGUAGAUCACAAUUCUCCCUUGGUUCGCAAUCGAGUUACGUCGUCACCUUCGCAAGGGUCGUCCCCUUCGCUCUUGUCACAGUCUCACUCAUUGGGGUUGCCUUCUCCCAGGAAUAACGAACGCAUACACCCGCGUAGGAGAACCUCACUACAAGGAGCGGUCCCCAUGGCAAGAGGGCCGCAUUCGUACAAGAGGAAUAUCAACGUGAUCCCUGGCCUCGAGUAUUUUGCCCUCGCAACAGAGAUAAUCGGCGGUGAAGUUGGUGGCGCUACACUGAACCACGUCCAUGUGCAUCUCCUUGCUGGCUUAUAUCACGGGCAGCUUGGUCGCGUCAUGGAUAGCUGGACCUUUAUCAGCCUAGCAAGCCAAAAGCUGCAAAUAAUUCUCCGACCGAGCCUCGGUCGUCUGGCAGCCGAAGGCUCUCGGCUUGGGCAUUCUAGAAGGGAUAAUCAACUGGCCUUUGCCUUUUGGACCUGCCUGCAAUUGGAAAGUGAUAUCUUGGCCGAGCUGCCUCUUCCUCAAUCAGGGAUUCUCCAAUUCGAAGAACGAAUGCCAUACCCGAACACCACGUUUGCCAUUGAACAAGGCUUCCCGCGGCACAUCGUAGAGGGCUAUGUGGCUCAGCUCUAUCUGCGUAAGCAGUUGAACAAGGUGCACAAUUUACUUUACGAUCCGGAGAAAGACGGCCAGAAUGGGCCGGCGAUGGAGGAUAGCAUCAACUCGAUUCAGAAUGCCCUCAAGCAUGCAAGGCACACCUGGGUUCCUCCCCAUUAUAGUUGGAGUGAGGACGAUCCUCUAGCCACCGACAUAUUAUCUGCACGUUUACGCGCCAAGUACUGGGGAUCCCAGGUGAUUCUUUAUCGGCCAUUCCUAAAGAGCAUGCUCAAUAGGGAACCACUGCCUCCACCCACGUACCGAAUCCAGUCAUCGCCACCUGAUGCAUGGGCCUCCUUAGGCCUUGAGAUAGGAAGUCCGAAUUUGCCCUCGAACGUGGAUCCUCGUACCAUCAACUACGCUCGCCUGGCUAUACAGGCUCUCGUUGAGAGCACACGAGCUUUUCAUGGAAUGGACCCCACCCAACGUAUCAUUGUAACCAACGUGUUUGGAACUGCUCAUGCGUAA